AUGUCUCUUGAAGAACUAUCGAUUGGCAAUGAGCUCAAGGACUCAUUCAAGGUAACCGACACAUGGAUUAAGAACGGUAUCAAUUUUUUGGGAGAUAUCGAUGAGUUUUAUAGAGAGCGAAGUGCACUUGAAAAAGAAUACUCUACCAAAUUAAAAGACUUGACAAAAAGAUACUUUGACAGGAAAGCCAAAAUAUCGUCUAAUUUGUCUGUUGGAGACGAGCCGCAAGUAACUCCGGGAUCAUUAGAGAGCGCUUCUUUAGUCUUGUGGAAUGACGUCUUGACUCAAACUGAAGCAAUUGCAGAAGAGAAAUACAAGUUUAGUCUCGAAUUGCAACUGAAAAUUAGUGGUAAUUUGGUCAACCUAAGAAGUAAAUGUGAUAGGAUUCAACAUCAGAUUGCCCUGAUUAACGAAUUUUUGGUUGAUGAGAAAAAAAGAGUUGAGGAUGAUGUAUCAAAGAGUAAAAAACACUACGACGCUUUAUGUCAGGCUACGGAAACAGCCAGAGACAAGAACCAAAAGUCACCAAGCGAUAAACAUCAGCGAAAAUUGGAGGAGAAACAAGUGGAAAUGAAUAACGGGAAAAAUUCGUAUUUGAUAAAGAUAAAUGUUGCAAAUCGAUUAAAAGAUAAGUACUACUACCAAGAUGUGCCCGAGGUUUUAGAUUACUUGCAAGAGUUGAACGAGGAUCGAGUUGCGUUGUUAAAUAAACUCUUGACAAACGCAGGCAUAAUUGAAAGAAACUCAUUGGAUAGAGUUAAAGAAAAGCUACACGUGAUUGACAAGACAAUAGACCAGAAUAAUCCCAAAUUAGAUGUGGCUAUGUUUAUCAAGCACAAUGCUCUAAAUUGGGCUGAACCACAAGAUUUUUACUUUAUACCAUGUUCAUUCUGGCAUGACGAUGAAAGCUUGGUGAUAAAGGAGCCAGAGCUCACCGAAUUGAGAAGACGUUUACAAAUUGCUUCUAAUGAAUAUAGCAAAUUGGAACAAUCUUGCCUAGAUAUAAAGCAAACGCUAGAAGAAAGCACAACCCAAAGAAAACAAGAUGACAAGGAUAAAAUAACUUUAAAAUUUGACAGCCAUUUACAAAACUCGUUGAGAAUCCUAAGUCAGUUUAUGAAGGAAGACACUAAUAGAGUUAAAAAUGAAGUUGAGAUUGAAAUAAUUCAAAAUUUCGCAGGUGAUCAAGAUUUGAGGUAUGUUGCGCCAGCAGUUCAAAAGAAAUCAAGGUUUGGCUUUUUGAAAGGAGGGAAAAAGUCAAGUCAUACUAAUGGAAGUGGAGGAAAUACAGGGGACGUUGUUGAUAAUUCGGAUGUGCAUUCUUUAAGAACUUCCCACACGUCAACUUCCCUCAACAGCAACCUCUUUAAUCUUCGAAAAUUAAAAAGCAAUGCGACUACCGGGUCAAAAUCGGGAACUAGUACGGGAACGGUAGCUAGGGCACUAUAUGAAUACGUACCCACAAGUGCAGACGAAACAAAGCUCACUAUUGGCGACGAGAUUAAUGUAGUGGAAGAGGAUGACGGAUCGGGCUGGACGUUGGUCAAUGGCGCACAAGGUCAAGGGUUAGUGCCUACAUCAUAUAUUGAAAUCAUUAGUCGACAACAACCUAUCACCACUACCACGCCCACAAAAAAGUCGGCGCCGCCAACAGUUGCACCAAAAAGAGGAGCCAAGCGUAUUCAAUAUGUAGAGGCAUUAUAUGACUACGUUGCUGAUGGAGAUGACGAAUUAACAAUACAUGCCGGUGAUAGAAUAAUUUUGAUUCAGGACGACUCAGAGGGGAACGGUUGGACUGAAGGUGAGUUGAAUGGUGAAAAGGGAAUGUUCCCAACAAGUUAUGUUAAAAAAAUAUAA